AUGGAACUUACGGAUAACUUUGAAGUUAUAUUAACUUCUCCUCACUAUCCAGCAUUUUUAGAACAUUCCAUAAAGUUAUUUCUCAAAGUUCUUCAAGAAAGUCCUCCUUUAUUUGUGUCAGAAUACAAUUUGCAACAAGUAAGAAAACAAAUAUUAGAAAUGAUAUAUUUGUUACCGGCUAAUGAGCAAUUAAGGCCAUAUGUAAAACAAAUAUUGACAUUAAUGCUAAAAUUGUUAGAAAUUGAAAAUGAGGAGAAUGUAUUAGUUUGCCUUAGGAUAAUUAUUGAAUUACAUAAGCAAUACAGGCCUCAAUUUAAUUCAGAAAUUCAGCAAUUUUUGCAGUUUGUAAAAUCAAUUUACAAAGAUUUACCAUCUCACAUGAAUAAAAUAUUUGAGCCAAAACCAAUAAUUAAAGUGAAAGAAUUAACAGAGAUUGAUAUUGAAAGCAUGUUAGUUGACACUUAUACAGUUACAGUCAUUCAAACAGAUAACAAAACUCCGGAUGGCAGUGUAAUAUCUUAUAAUUUAAUACCGAAAGGAGUGUUAUCUUUAAAAGUCUUACAAGAACUACCGAUUAUUGUGGUUUUAAUGUAUCAGUUAUAUAAGCAAAAUGUUCAGCAAGAUUUAACAGAUUUUAUACCUUUAAUAAUGUCUACAAUAACACUUCAGCCAUCAUCUCAACAACGAAAUAAUCCACUUUUUAAUAAAGAAAUAUUUGUGGAUUUUAUGGGAGCUCAAAUUAAAACUCUCUCAUUUUUAGCUUACAUAAUUCGAGUUUUUCAAGAAUUGGUGGCUCAACAUUCACAUUCUAUGGUAAAAGGAAUGUUGGGACUCCUUCAACUUUGUCCAAUGGAAGUUGUACACCUCAGGAAAGAACUUUUAAUUGCUGCUAGACACAUUUUAGCAACUGAUUUAAGAUCUAAAUUUGUACCUUAUAUGGAGCAUUUAUUUAAUGAAGAUAUUUGGCUUGGUAGGGGUUGGACAACUAGAGAAUCGCUAAGACCUUUAGCUUACAGUACUUUAGCUGAUCUUGUUCAUCAUGUUCGUCAAAUGCUUCAGCUCAAUGAUUUAGAUAAAGUGAUACAUUUGUUUUCAAAAAAUGUUCAUGAUGAUUCUGUUCCGACUUGUAUUCAAACAAUGUCUUGCAAAUUAUUACUCAAUUUGGUCGAUUGCGUCAGGUGCCGCAGUGAAAACGACAACGGAAGAGGAAGAGAAUUGUUAAUGAGAAUGCUUCAAGUUUUUGUUUUGAAAUUUAAAACCAUAUCGAAAUUACAAUUACCGUUUUUAAUGAAUAAAUGCAAGAAUCAACAACAAGGUAAUUCUCAAUAUCCAACAUCUAAUUCAUCUCAAACUAACUCUCAAUCUGGGUCGGAAGUAAAAAAUGAAGAUCAAAAGUUACCACUAUCGGAAUCUGGAGGAACGGCGGAGAAAUCAAAGUUUGGUUUUCCAACAUCUCAAGCUCAAAAUUAUUUAGUUGCCGAUUGUAGAAGUCUUGUUAAAACUUUAGUUUGCGGUGUGAAAACAAUAACUUGGGGAAUAGCUUCUUGCAAAUCAAUUUCGACGGAAGGAGUCGUAGUUCCCAACAAGCAGUUUCAUCCGAAAGAAACUUUGGUUUACAUUAGCCUUGUAAAAUGGGCCAUGCAAGCGCUUGAUAUAUAUACAUUAAAUGUUAAUCCUUCUGGUGGUACGUUUCCACAUAUUUCUCCGCGCGUACCAUCGCCGCAGUCUGUUCGAACAAAAGAAGAGAAAGAAGUUUUAGAAUAUUUUGCCGGAGUUUUCUCUAGCAUGGCUCCGCAAACUUUUCACGAAAUAUUUUCUACUACGAUUGAUUAUUUAGUAGAAAGGAUAUACAGAAAUUAUGCUCUACAAAUAGUGGGAAAUUCGUUUUUAGCGAAUCCUUCAACUUCUUCAAUAUUUGCGACAAUUUUAGUGGAAUACUUACUCGAUAGAAUGGAAGAAAUGGGAAGCAAUCUGGAAAAAAGUAACUUAUAUCUAAAAUUAUUUAAAUUAGUUUUUGGAAGUGUUAGUUUAUUUCCAACUGAGAACGAACAAAUGUUAAGACCACAUUUGCAUCAAAUCGUCAAUAGAUCGAUGGAAUUAGCAAUGAGCGCCAAAGAACCUUAUAAUUAUUUUUUGUUACUUCGAGCUUUAUUUCGUUCCAUUGGCGGUGGCUGUCACGAUUUAUUGUAUCAAGAAUUUUUGCCUUUACUACCGAACUUAUUACAAGGACUUAAUUCAUUGCAAAGCGGAUUGCAUAAACAACACAUGAAGGACUUAUUUGUCGAACUUUGUUUAACAGUACCGGUACGCUUGAGCUCUUUACUGCCGUACUUACCGAUGCUUAUGGAUCCUUUAGUGUCAGCUCUUAAUGGAUCUCACACUCUGAUUAGUCAGGGUUUGCGAACUUUAGAACUUUGCGUCGACAACCUUCAGCCAGACUUUUUGUACGAUCACAUUCAACCUGUUAGAGCUGAUCUUAUGCAAGCUUUAUGGCGAACUUUGAGAAAUCCUCAAGAUCAAGUUGCUCACGUAGCUUUUCGGGUGCUUGGAAAAUUUGGAGGUGGAAAUAGAAAAAUGAUGAUUGAACCUCAAAAAUUAGAAUAUAAUGACGUAUCAAAUCAAAGACCAUCAAUUGUAAUUUAUUUUCAAGACUAUGCGGAUCCGAUUGAUUUACCAGUAUCGAAAGUGAUUGAUACAGCCAUGACUGCUCUUAAAACUAGUACAAGCGAUCCGUUUUAUAGAAGGCAAGCAUGGGAGGUAAUCAGAUACUUUCUAGUGGCUUCUAUUCAAUUACAAGAUAAAAAAUCAGCACUUCAAACGUUAUUUUCACAUCCAAGUUUUUACGAUGGUAACAUUGCUUCACAUCAUCCGAGUCCUAUUUAUAAGCUUACUGAUAAUCACUCGCGUGACACUCAUCAGGUCGCAUUGACUGGAAUGUUCGUCGCCGCUGCUAUUAAAGAACUCAGACAGUUUGUUUUGCCCACAAUGGUUGCAGUUGUGCGACAUUAUACUAUGGUUGCCAUAGGACAACAAGCUGGCCCAUUUGCAAUCACGGGCAGAAAAUUUAAGCUUUCCGGAAUGGAUGCCCUUGUACUUAUCGAUUCUUUGGUUACAAUUAUGGGUCAUGAAGAAAAAGAAUUAUGCAAACCUGGGCACUUAGCACUGGUGUUAAUCUUAGAAACCGCGACGACGAUUUUGGGCUCUAAAGAAAGAGCGUGUCAACUACCUUUAAUGGAAUAUUUAUCUGAAAGAAUGUGUUCUUUAUGUUACGAACGUGCUUGGUACGCAAAAUAUGGAGGAUGUUUAGCCAUUAAGCUUUUGUUCGAAAGAAUGGCUAUGAAAUGGGUGUACGACCAUCUAUUUGUUUUUCUAAGAGCUUUAUUAUUUGUCAUGAUGGAUUUAACUGGCGAAGUUUCUACUGGAGCAAUCGAUAUGGCCAAAGCGAACUUGGAGAAAUUACUAACGGUAUGUGCAACGCCUAUAGAAAGCAAUGGCUCAAACGAAGAAUUAAUAAAUGCCCAAAAGAAAAGUUUAUACGAUGUCACACACGAAUUAGUACGUUUGGUAACCGGAUCUAACACUUUAGUGCGCCAACAAGCAAUGAAUUCUUUAACAUUACUUGCGAAAAUCCAAAAUAAAACCGUUACCGAAGUCAUGGAACCUCAUAGAGAAGUUUUGGCCGAUAUGGUACCUCCUAGAAAGCAUUUAUUACGUCAUCACGCCGUAAAUGUUCAAAUCGGAAUAAUGGAGGGAAACACGUUUUGUACAACUCUGAACCCGAGAUUAUUUACAAUUGAUUUAAAUAUCAUGGAACACAAAGUUUUUUUCCACGAAUUGAUGUCUCUUUGUGAAGCCGACGAAAAUAUUUUGGUGAAAUAUCCUUGUUACAAACCAUUAACUAAUUUGGUUCAACUAAGACAAUGCGCACUUCGAGCUUUAUCUUCUUAUCAUUAUAUUCCGAAUUAUCGAGAAAAAAUAUUUAACGUUUUGUAUCGAGCUUUGGAAAAACCCGAAUCUCAAAAGGUUGCUUUUGAAUGCAUGCAAAAUUUCAUCGCGGGUUCUAAAAUUGACAACGAGGUUGUUCGGGGAGUCAUGAGACCUUUACUUUUAACAUUAGGAGAUUAUAGAAACUUAAAUUUAAAUAAUACUAAGAGGUUGUAUCAAUUAACAAAAUUAUUUCCGGCUACUUUUAAUGAAAAGUUUUGCGAACAACUUUUACAACAUUUAAAAAAGCUACAAGAAGUAGCGGCAACAACUCUGAAAAAUAUAUCUAAAAAUGGGGAAAACGAGCAAAAAAUUGCCACACUCAUUAGUAUAUUUCAUCAAAUUCCGGCAGCAUCGCCAAAAUUUUGCGAAGGUCUCUGCCGAUUAGUUUUACAAACUGAGAAGAGUUUAAGCAUAGAAGCGAGUUCUCCUUUUCGGGAACCUUUGCUGAAAUUUCUUUUAAAAUAUCCUCAAGAAACAAUAAACGAUUUAUUUUUAAAUGAUAAUAUAAAGGAUCCGCAAUGGUCGAGAUUUUUACAAUAUUUAAUAAAACAUAAAGAAGGAAAAUCCUUUAGAGAAGUUUUACAAAACAAUCCGGGAAAAUUAAUUAAUUUAGUUACGGCCGUUUCUCAAAGGACGAACAAUUGGACGACAAGUGAAAAAUACGAAGUCCAGUUUCAAGGAAUAAGAAUAAUAUCAUUGUUGAUAAAAUAUGACGAACAAUGGCUUUCGUGUCAACGUGAACUCGUUCAAGCAUUAAAAGAUCUUUGGUGUAGCGAACAGUACCACGAGCAUCACCGAGAAGUGGAUUCCGUUGAUUUCGUUCACUGGAAAGAACCCAAACUUUUGGUUAAAAUUUUAUUACAUUAUUUUUGUCAUCACCCUACCGAAGUUGAUUUACUUUUUCAUUUGUUGCGGGCAACUUGUGAAAGAUACAUUCCUGAUUUUCAAUUUUUGAGGGAUUUUUUGGAAACGACGGUCGCUCAAAACUACACCGUCGAAUGGAAACGAUCUGCAUUUUUCCGCUUCGUCGAAGAGUUUCAAAAUCCAAACAUGUCUCAAGAACUGAAAUCAAAAAUACUUCAGUUGGUAUUGAUUCCCUGUUUCGCGAUUGGCUUUGAAAGAGGAGAAGGAGAAAAACUUGUGGGAAGUCCAGUGUCUCCAGAUCAAGACAAUCCAGAUAAUAUUGUAUCCGUAUUUAUAAACAAAGUGAUUGAUCCUGAAAACCCUUUUGGAAACACCGAUGCCGUACGUAUUCUUUUACUUCAGUUUUCUUGUCUCCUGGUAGAACAAGCUUCGCCUCACAUACAUAAUGUAUUGAACAAAAGACAAGGACAAAAAUUAAGGCGUUUAAUGACGUUUGCCUGGCCUUGCUUAUUGGGUAAAAAUUGCGUAGAUCCUUCGACAAGGUAUCACGGGCAUUUGCUUCUCUCUCAUAUAAUUGCCAAAUUUGCUAUUCAUAAGAGAAUCGUGUUGCAAGUAUUUCACAGUCUUUUAAAAGCCCACGCAAUGGAAGCACGAGCCGUUGUUAGACAAGCAUUAGAAAUUUUAACCCCUGCCAUGCCACACCGAAUGGAGGAUGGAAACACCAUGUUGACUCAUUGGACUAAAAAAAUUAUAGUGGAAGAAGGUCACAAUAUGCAACAAUUAUUUCACAUUUUGCAGCUUGUUGUGAAGCAUUAUAAAGUUUACUAUCCCGUAAGACACCAUCUAUUGCAACACAUGAUACAAUCUAUUCAAAAAAUGGGAUUUAAUCCAGCUGCAACCAUCGAUCAGAAAAAGCUUGCCGUCGAAUUAGCAGAAGUUAUAAUCAAGUGGGAAUUGGAAAGAAUCAAAGAUGAAAGUGAAGGCCAAGAAAUUACGACGAACCCUUCUACGGGAGCCGUGAAAAAAACCUGUCCGGAUGAUAAUCAAGAACAGCACAGAAAGCGACUGGCUACGGGAAACGUCACCCCGACUCAUUUUGCGACGUUUGUUCCAAAAGUAGAUCCCAGCAGUUCGAAACCAAUAGAAAAGCAUCACGCAGAUGCAAUUUUAAAUUUUUUACUAAGAUUAGCUUGUCAAGUCAAUGAUCAAAGUUCGGCCGUAGGGUCUCAGGGAGAAUUGCUGUCUAGGAGAUGCGUGGCACUUUUGAAAAUGGCCAUGAAACCGGAUUUAUGGCCUCAACCGUGGGACCUCAAACUGGCUUGGCUAGAUAAAAUUUUCAUAAAUAUUGAAUCUCAAAAUCCAAAUUACGGAAAUAUUUGCACGGCGCUAGAGUUGCUAACGUUUCUUUUAGGAGUUAUGAAAAAAGAACAAAUAUUGGCGAGCAUAAAACCUUUACAAAAAGGUUUAGCCGUGUGUGUUACAUCUCCCAGUUCAAAAGUCAUACGUUUGGUACACGCCUUUUUAGCGAAAUUAAUGUUAAUUUUUCCUACCGAGCCCCCCGCAUCAACUGUCGCAUCUAAAUAUGAAGAACUUGAGUGUUUGUAUGCUUGCAUAGGAAAAUUUGUUUUUGAGGGAUUGGCCAAUUAUGAAAAAAGUCCUAGUGCGAGUCCUAGUACGCUUUUUGGGACGUUAAUGAUUCUAAAAGCGGCUUGCGUGAGUAAUCCCGCUUAUAUAGAUCGACUAAUAACUCCUUUUAUGAGAGUUUUACAAAGAAUGCAUAAGGAACAUAUUCAAGCAACUGAUUCGAAUCCCGUCGCUACAGAAUUGUUAAUUGUAAGUUUGGAUUUAGUAAAAAACCGCUUGGGCGGAAUGGGUAGCGACAUGAGAAAAGGAUUUAUCGGAACCGUUUUAGUUAAACUUAUCGAAGGUACAAGAGAUGUUAAAGUGAUGAAAGCAAUUACCAAAAUGUUAGACGAAUGGAUCAAGAACCAACCCUCCACUGCGAUUAAUACGCAAAACGUUCGAGAAUCGAGUCCGUUUCCGGUUCUCAGGGAAAAAUCAAUUUUACUCGUCAAAUUGAUGACUUACGUAGAAAGAAAUUUUCCAGAUGAUGCCGAAUUGAACGCUCAGUUCUUGGAAAUUGUCAAUUACGUCUACAGGGAUCCCGUUCUUAAAGAAUCAGAAUUGAGUACAAAAUUGGAACCGGCAUUUUUACAGGGUUUACGUUGCGUUCAACCACAAAUCCGAGCUAAAUUUUUUGAAAUAUUUGACAACUCAAUGAAAAGAAGACUUUACGACCGGUUGCUUUACUUGGUGUGUUCUCAAAAUUGGGAAGCCAUCGGUCCUCAUUAUUGGAUAAAACAAUGUAUAGAAUUAAUAUUUGUCACCGCGGUACCAACGACUCAAAUUCAAUUGUCGUCUGCCAAAUCUCUUCUACCCAGUAUUACCUCCAUAAUUGAACUCGGUGAUGCUAGUGAUAAAAAAAUUUACGACGUGUAUGCCAGUAUGAAAAGUGAACUCAGCGAGGCUACAGAAAGUCCAGAAUCGCAUGAAAAUAAUGAUGAUUUGGACAUGGAAUUUAACGGUACCAGCGGUGAAACAUCCACUAAAAAGGAAGAAACUCCUCAGUCAAACAGAAAAGCCGCCCUCAUGCAACUUAUCGCGAGGCAAUCAAAAUUUUUAGACACAGUAAGAGAAAUUAAAACAUUUCAUUUUUUAUUAGCGACAGCACAGUUAUGUCACAUGGACACGAAUUUAGCAGAACGGGUUUGGUUGGAUGUUUUUCCUAGAAUCUGGUCGAUGUUAAGCGAACGGCAAAGAAGUACGCUGCAAAGUGAAAUAGUUCCUUUUAUAUGUAGUGGAGCUCACGAAAUACAAAAAGACUGUCAACCCAGUGCUCUAAAUACAUUUAUAGAAGCUUUGUCAAGAUGUAAUCCUCCGAUUCCGAUUCGUCCCUCUCUUAUGAAAUAUUUAGGAAAAUCUCACAAUUUAUGGCAUAGAAUGACUCUUAAUUUGGAACAAUUGGCAUUGGAGCAAGGAAAUGUUGAAGUCAUGCGUUCGCGUAAUGUUGAUUGUUACGAUUUUGAGCCCAUUUCUUCUCCUCAGCAAGAGGUUUUAGAUAGUUUAUCCGAAAUGUAUUCUUGUUUAUGCGAACAAGAUAUGUGGGCUGGAUUGUGGCAAAAACAUGCGCGAUAUUGUCAAACGAACAUAGCAAUAGCAUCGGAGCAACAAGGUUUUUUUGAAAACGCUCAAUCAACUUAUGAAAUGGUCAUGGCUAAUUCGAGAGAAGAUUUUAGUUCAACUCCAGCUCCCAGCAGUCUUAGAAGUGAAUAUGCAUUAUGGGAAAAACAUUGGAUUAGAUGUUCAAAAGAACUCAAUCAAUGGGACAUAUUGUUGGAAUACGGAAAUAGCAGAGGUUCUAUUAAUCCGUUUUUAGUUCUUGAAAGCUCUUGGAGAAUUCCAAAUUGGAAUCUAAUGAAAGAUGCUCUAAUUCAAGUGGAGCAAAUUUGUCCCAAAGAAUUAGUUUGGAAAGUGGAACUUUACAAAGGAUUUUUAAAUAUAUGCAGUCCUGACGAUGCUCAACACGGUCAAGCAAAUAUAGAAAAGUGUGUAGAAAAAGCAAGUGCCAGUUGCAUGAGGGAAUGGAGAAGAUUACCUCACAUAGUGUCUCACAUUCAUUUACCUCUUUUGCAAGCUGCUCAGCAAAUUAUGGAACUGCAAGAAGCAGCUCAAAUUCAUCAGGGUUUGACUCACAGUCGGUCGAGUGGAAGUUCUUUACACGAUAUGAAGGCCAUCGUGAAAACUUGGAGAAAUCGUUUGCCUGUUAUAGCUGAUGAUCUGAGUCAUUGGAGUGAUAUAUUUACUUGGCGCCAGCAUCACUAUCAGUUCAUAGCAUCACAUUACGAUUCUCAACACGACCAAUCGGUCAAUCACAGCAUGUUAGGCGUGCACGCGUCUGCUCAAGCAAUUAUUCAUUUUGGUAAAAUAGCAAGAAAGCAUAACUUAACCGGAGUAUGCCUCGGAUCGUUGUCUCGCAUAUACACUAUUCCAAGCGUACCUAUAGUAGAUUGCUUUCAAAAAAUAAGACAACAAGUGAAAUGUUAUCUUCAAAUGUCUACCGUAUCCGGCAAAAAUGAGCUUCAGCAAGGAUUAGAAGUCAUUGAAUCAACAAAUUUAAAGUAUUUCACGAAGGAAAUGACGGCAGAAUUUUAUGCUUUGAAAGGAAUGCUUUUAGCUCAAAUAGGGCGUUCCGAUGAUGCUAACAAAGCUUUUUCUGCUGCCGUACAGAUGCAUGACACUCUAGUAAAAGCUUGGGCUUUAUGGGGAGACUAUUUAGAACAAAUAUUUACGAAUGACUUUUCCAACAUCAGUUACGGCGUGCAAGCCAUUACUUGUUUUUUACAUGCUUGUAGACAUCAAAACGAAUCAAAGUCUAGAAAAUAUCUUGCAAAAGUUCUUUGGCUUUUAACUUACGACGACGAAGAAUUUUCUUUGGUUCAAGCUCUGGACAAAUACUCGGUUGGAGUUCCUCCGAUUCAGUGGUUACCCUGGAUACCACAAUUACUAACUUGUUUAGUUAGAGAAGAAGGAAAGUUAAUACUUAAUUUGAUCAGUCAAGUUGGCAGAAUAUUUCCUCAAGCAGUAUAUUUCCCUUUGAGAACUUUAUAUUUAACAUUAAAAAUUGAGCAGAGGGAACGACAAUCAACCGAAACGAAUCCUAUUCGUGCCACUCCUUCAAUGUGGAGAUGCUCCAGAAUCAUGCACAUGCAGCGCGACGUCCAUCCUACCGUUUUAUCUUGCCUAGAAGGAAUGGUAGAUCAGAUGGUUUGGUUUCGCGAAAAUUGGUACGAAGAAGUAUUAAGACAGUCGAAGCAAGGAUUGGCAAAAUGCUAUGCUAUUGCUUUUGAAAAGCGAGGAUGCGUAGCCGAAGCUACCAUUACUCCUCACACGUUAAAUUUUGUUAAAAAACUGGUGUCUACGUUUGGCAUUGGUAUAGAAAAUAUAAACAGUUCCGUAAAUUUCACAUCGAGUUCCGCUGCAUCUGAAAGUCUGGCUAGAAGAGCUCAGGUAACGAUUCAAGAUCCCGUUUUUCAACGUAUGAAAUGUCAAUUUACGACAGAUUUUGAUUUUACAUUACCUGGUGCUACGAAAUUACAAAAUUUAAUUGAGAAAUUAAAAAAAUGGAUUGCAGUCUUACAGACGAAAACGAAAAUGCUUCCAAAAUCAAUUUUGAUCGAAGAAAAAUGUAGGUUUUUAUGUAAUUUUAAUCAGCAAACGGCCGAAAUUGAAUUGCCCGGUGAAUUUCUUUUGCCCAAACAUUCUCAUUAUUUCGUUAAAAUAUCCCGAUUCAUGCCCAGAGUGGACAUAGUUCAAAAGCACAACACGGCAGCCAGACGAUUAUACAUAAGAGGUCACAACGGUAAAGUUUAUCCUUACUUGGUCGUCAACGAUUCUUACAUCGGAGAUGCAAGAAGAGAAGAAAGAGUUUUGCAACUCUUACGAAUGCUCAAUCAUUAUUUGGGUAAACAAAAAGAAACGAGCAGCAGAUUCCUUCACAUAACGGUACCCAGAGUGGUGGCGGUAUCACCCCAAAUGAGAUUGGUCGAAGAUAAUCCUGCGUCCAUUUCGUUACACGACAUAUAUAAAGAAAAUUGUGCCAAGAGAGCCAUCGACCACGACGCUCCGAUAGCUCGCUAUUACGAAAGACUUCAAAAUGUACAAACGGCCGGCGUGCAACCGGGUCAUCACAUCUUAAAAGAGAUAUUCAAAGAAGUACAAAGAAACAUGGUUCCGAAACACAUGCUCAAGGAUUGGGCUUUGCAAACGUUUUCAUCGACGACCGAUUAUUGGACAUUUAGAAAAAUGUUCAUGUUGCAACUCUCACUUGCUUGUUUCGUCGAGUACAUAUUUCAUUUGACAAGGUUAAAUCCGAACAUGAUGUACAUUCACAAGGAUUCGGGUCUCGUAAACGUUUCUUAUUUUAAAUUUAACAUUGACAACGCAUCCACCGAUUUGGAUCCCAAUCAUCCGGUACCGUUUCGAUUGACUCCGAAUUUAACGGAAUUGAUAAGCACGAUAGGGGUCAAGGGUCCUCUGACGGCUUGCGGAAUCGCUUGCGCUCGAUGUUUGGUUCAACCGAGUUUUAAAGUGAAAACGAUUUUACGAGCAAUUUUACGAGACGAAAUGAUAUACAAGCAAAAAACGCAGGGAGACAGACCACAGGAAAAUGUUUCUCUUCCCGCACCGGAUGUUGAAGGGAAAAUAAUUAUCGACAACGUGACGAGAUCCGUGAGUUUAAUAUUUUCAAGGUUGAAUAAUUUGGCAAAAUUUGAAGGUACGGAAAGUAAAAUGGGAGCGUUGGUAGCCGUUAGUACGAACGAAGACAAUCUUUGCAGAACGGAUCCAGCUUGGCAUCCUUGGUUGUAA